AUGGCCCAUUUUCUCAACCAUCGUGCAUGGAUGUACGAUCGUUGUCAUAGCGGAAGGAGAGGUUUGAAGGAAUCUUUUGUCAUCGGAGUUGAAGAGUUUGUGGAGACGGCUCGACAAUGUCAAUAUUAUGCUAUUGAUGGAGGGAUUCGAUGCCCAUGCAUCAAGUGCGAAUGUACAAGGAUUUUGAAAGAUCAAGACGUUAAACUUCACCUAUACCAAAAAGGGUUCAUGCCUGUUUGGACAUUUCAUGGUGAAGAAAUUCCUUCGACCUCCAAUAGAGUUGAAAUUUGGCUUGCAUCAGGUUUGAAUACUGUUGUACAUACAUCUAGGAUAAAUCAAUUUGCCUAUAUGCAAGAGAUGGUCGACAAUGCUCUUCGUCGACAUGACGAACAAGAAGCAAACGAUAGUCAUGAUGAAGAGGCUCCAAAUGAAACCACUCAGAGGUUUUACAAAUUAUUGACAAAGGCAAAUCUACCUGUAUUUGAAGGUUCAUCCGAGUCAAAAUUGCCAGUGUCCAUUAGACUCUUGGCUGGUAAAUCUAAUUGGAACGUUCCCAACCAAGUAGUGGAUCACUAUACAAAAUUGAUUUUAGAUUUGACACCACUAAACAAUUCUAUUCCGAAGAAUUGUUAUCAAGCCAAAAGAUGUGUUUCAAUGUUGGGAUUGGAAGCCAAGAAGAUUGAUUGUUGUGUUAAUGGAUGUAUGUUAUUCUAUGACAAUGACAAUCGCAAAAAUGAUGCAUUGUUGGUUGAAUGCAAGUUUUGUGGCUCUCCUCGAUAUCAUACGAUGCAUGCAGGACAAAGGCAAAAAAAACCAAUUCCCUUAAAGUCAAUGUUCUACUUGACCAUUAUUCCAAGAUUACGAAGAAUGUUUACUUCAAUGCAAACAUCACAACACAUGACAUGGCAUGAUAGUAACAAAACUAAAGGAGUUUUGUGUCAUCCUUCUGAUGGUGAAGCUUGGAAGCACUUCAAUCGUAAACAUCCGUCUUUUGCUAGUGAACCGUGUAACGUGAGACUUGGUUUAUGCUCUGAUGGGUUUACCCCAUACAUUCAGGUGUCUGCAUCACCAUAUUCAUGCUGGCCGGUGAUAGUUACCUCAUACAAUCUACCUCUUGAGAUGUGUAUGAAAAAGCCUUACAUGUUUUUAACAUGUAUAAUACCAGGUCCAUCUAAUCCCAAAUCAGCGAUUGAUGUUUAUUUGGAGCCUCUAAUUGAUGAUUUGAAGAAGCUAUGGAAUGGAGUUUGGACGUAUGAUGUUUCAAGGAAGCAAAAUUUCCUUAUGAAGGCAACUUUGAUGUGGACUAUAAUGACUUUCCAGCGUAUGGCAUGUUAUUUGGUUGGAGCACACAUGGUCGAUUAG